AUGGACAAUGCCACAUCAGGGACCAUGUUCUUCCUCAGCGGGUUCUCUCACCUCUGGGAGCUGCAGAUCCUACAUGCUGUGCUCUUCCUGGGGAUUUACCUGGUGGCCCUGCUGGACAAUCUUCUCAUCAUCACACUCACCACCAAGGACCCCCACCUGCACAGCCCUAUGUACUUCUUCCUGAAGAAUUUGUCCUUCCUGGACCUGUGCCUCAUUUCCAUCACCAUGCCCAAGUCCAUUGAGAGCUCUCUGAUGAACCUCAACCUCAUUUCUUUCCUUGUGUGUGUGGCCCAGGUUUUCUUCCUCAUCCUCUUAGCCACUACAGAGGUGGCUCUCCUCACAGUCAUGUCCUAUGACCGCUAUGUAGCCAUCUGCCACCCACUCCGAUAUGGGACCAUCAUGGGCCACCAAGCCUGUGAGCAGACGGCAGCAUACUCAUGGGCCAGUGGAGGUCUCAAUGCAGUUCUGCACACAGCUGCCACAUUCUCUGUGCCCAUGUGUGGACCUCUUGAGGUCCACCAGUUCUUCUGUGAUGUCCCACAGCUACUCUCCCUUGCCUGUUUCUAUAAUGUCAGGGACUUGGUAGUCAUUGGGCUCAGCCUCCUGUUGGACAUUGGCUGCUUUGUGUUCAUUGAUGUUUCUUACUUCCACAUCUUCUCCACAGUGCUGAAGAUUCCCUCACAAGAAGGCCGCUCCAAAGUGUUCUCCACAUGCCUGCCUCACCUGGUUGUGGUGACUCUGUUUCUGUCUUCUGUGUUUUUUGCCUAUUUACACCCCCUGCCCAAGUCUCCAACAUCCUUUAAUUUACCAAUUUCUGUCUUCUACAUGGUGGUGCCUCCCACUGUGAAUCCUCUCAUCUACAGUCUGAGGAACAAAGACAUGCAGAAGGCACUGAGGAGACUUCAGCAGAGUUGGUGUUGCCCUGCACAUUAG